UGGUCCCACGAAUGUACUUUAAAGAGUCUUUGAGCCACUUGGACUGGGUACAACUACAUGUAUUUUCAGACGCCUCGGAGUUAGCUGUGUCAGCCGUUGCGUAUCUCAGGUCUUGCUACAAAGGAGAAAUCAGUGUGUCCUUUAUUAUGGGAAAGGCAAAACUGGCUCCCUCCAAAGGCCACACAAUACCUCGCCUGGAGCUUUGCGCAGCUUUGUUGGCUACAGAAGUUGGAGAAUUCAUCAGGAAGAAUUUACAGACCACAUUAGAAGAGAUUCGAUACCAUACAGACAGCAAGGUUGUGUUGGGCUACCUUAACAACAAAACCAGACGCUUCUUCAACUAUGUCAGCAACCGCGUAGAGCGCAUAUUAUCAGUGACAGAGCCAAAGCAAUGGUUUUAUGUGUCGACAGUUGACAACCCAGCAGAUCAUGGUACAAGGGGCCUGAGAUCUGUUGGAGACCUCCAAGAAAAAUGGCUUAAGGGACCGUCUUUCUUGAUACACCCUGAACUCAGCGCUACACAGGAGUAUUCACUCGUGUCACCUGAAUUGGAUAAGGAGAUCAGAAUUGAAGUGAAGAAAACGACUUGUGCGUUGGAUGAGGAUUUCGCGGACAGAUGCAACAGAUUCAGUCGUUGGCACAAGUUAGUUAGUGUAAUAACUCUCAUAAAGGGACGUGCUAGACGUCGUUUCAAAAGGAAAGGAGGAAACGAACCAGUGAGGCUGAGGGAGGAGUCUGAAGAGGUCCUAAUCAAGAUCAUUCAGAAGCAAGCAUAUGGAGACGAAAUAGCUUCAUUGAGUACAAAGUCACCUGUCUCCAGAGCAAGUCCUCUGUGUCGUUUAUCUCCUGUCUUGGACGAAAAAGGGAUCCUGCGAGUUGGUGGGAGACUUUCUCAGAGCAGCCUACCAGUAGAACAGCGGAACCCAAUCAUUCUACCCGGAAAGUCUCAUCUAACCGUUCUACUUGUACGUCAUAUUCAUGAACUUGUGCACCACCAAGGCAGACUCAUUACCGAGGGCGCUCUUCGCAACCAUGGGUACUGGGUGACGGGCUCUAAGAGAGUUGUAUCUUCUCUUCUACACAAAUGUAUAGUGUGUCGAAAGCUCAGAGGAAACUUUGAAUACCAGAAGAUGGCAGACUUGCCCACGGAUCGCAUUGAGCCAGGGCCUCCAUUCACAUCUGUGGGAGUAGAUACGUUUGGCCCAUGGAUGGUUAUAUCAAGGAAAACUAGAGGGGGUAUGGCACACAACAAGAGGUGGGCUUUGCUUUUUACCUGCCUCACAACCAGAGCAGUUCAUAUAGAAGUAGUAGAAGAUAUGACUAGUUCUUCUGUAAUUAACGCAAUCCGUCGCCUCGUGGCCAUCAGAGGAGAGGUCAGAGAGUUUCGCUCUGACCGAGGUACCAACUUCGUUGGAGCCGCUGACGAGAUGAAGACAAAUGUAGUAAACAUUGAAGAUGAGCCAUUUAAAGACCACCUAGACCGCCAUGGGAUAACUUGGAUCUUCAACGCACCCCACUCCUCCCACAUGGGUGGAGUGUGGGAACGCAUGAUAGGCAUCGCAAGGAGGAUCUUGGACUCAAUGUUUCUUAGACAGCAACGUGAGAUCACCCACGAAGUCCUCGUUACACUGAUGGCAGAGGUCAGCGCCAUCAUUAACUCGAGACCCAUUACUGCUAUUUCAUAUGACUCAAACGCUCCCAUGAUUCUCAGUCCUUCGUUACUUCUCACUCAGAGGACCACAGGAUGCCCCACUUUAUGUGAAGGUUUGGAUAUCAAGGACAUCUACAAGGCACAGUGGCGCCAUGUCCAAGUUUUAGCAAACACCUUCUGGAAACAGUGGAAGGAACAGUUUCUCCAGAGCCUGCAAUCUCGUCGCAAGUGGACUGAGGAAAGACCAAACAUCAAAAUAGGAGAUGUGAUUUUGCUGAAGGACUCGAGCUUACCCAGAUUUCAGUGGCCGGUUGGAACCGUAGAGAGUGUGUAUCCGUCUCAUAAUGAUAACCAUGUGCGUAAAGUGCAAGUUCGAAUUGUAAGAGAUGGUAAACCAGUAAUCCUCACCCGUCCUAUUACUGAACUGGUGCUGUUAAUAAACUGAACUACUACCAAAGAGACUUUAAUUUUUCACACUUCAAAGUACAUUGAUCUAUCUGUAUUUGUAUACAGUGCUAUUUUUUAUUGUCAGGUAGUUGUAUGAGAUUUUUAGACAUGCAAAUGAAACCAGUUGGGUAACUUCUAGUCAUUGUCAGUAUUACAGGUACUAUGUUAAGGGUUGUCGGAAAAAGGAUUUGUUAGGGUAUUUGAUGCAUUCAUUUUUUAGUGUGAAAGGUACACAGUAAGGUUUGUGAAAUUUGUUUUCUAGUUAUAAUUGUACAUCAUUUUUCAAACAAAUAGUAUGUUAGCGAUAUCUUGCAGAUAUCGGACGGGGAGUGUGGUGGAUCGCAUUCCGUUUCUAUCCGAUCCGUUUAUAUCAGUUUAUUUUGUCGAAAUUGUCACGAACUGUUUUCCGUAUUAACUUUUGGCGCUAUAUUUUAGCUUCGCACAUUUUCCUAUGUUCCAAGGCAUUCUGUCUUUCUACUCUUGCCAAAACUUACAGUCAUUACCAGUCUUUUACGAUAUUAAAUCGUUAUCUAUCUG